AUGGCUGUUGAAGCUUCACACGAAGUUGUCACCCUGAAUGCCGAUGCCCAGGGGCGUGGAAACGUUGUCAUUCUGGAAUCUUGUGACAACGGCCUCGACGAAAUGGCUCGAUAUUCGGAAUGCGAUGUAUUUCAGGAUGACCUAAGUAUGAAAGACGUGGAAGGCAAGGAUUUCGGGUUACCUUCUUCGGCCAUGCCUGGGACACCAUUCGCACGACUUGAUGCGGCAUACGCCAGGUGUAUGCGAGUGAGUGCUGAAGAACUCGAUUUGGAACCGGCGGUGUAUAUUCGCGAAGGGAGUAAGUUUAUGUCUCAGUUAAAUGAUCAGUCGGUUAUGCUACCUGACCUGGAUGAUAUCUCUCCUGAAUGCGAUAUUGAGACCGCUGAUAAUCAGCUGAAUGUCGUCCUCAAGAAGCAUCGGAAGAUCUUCUUAGGUGAUGGGAAUGCUGCUCCGCCACCCGUGAGAGGUGUCAUCUGCGAUUUAGACGUGGGCGAUGCCAAGCCGAAGCUUCUGGAAGCUACGUUGAUUGAACACUCCGAAUCGCCAUGGGCGUCCCGAAUUGUGAUUGUACUCAAGAAAAACGGAGUGGAUAUUCGAAUGUGCAUCGACUAUCGUGUUGAGCCUCGGUAUGGCGAGUGGCUUCUGGGCGUCCGAAUAACCGAGAGGGCUAAGCUGAUCUCAGCGUUCACUUGUCCAUUCGGGCGUUUCCAAUGGGUACGUAUGCCAUUCGGGCUGAAAAAUGCCCCGCUGGUUUACCAACAGAUGAUCAACAAUUGUCGGUGGGGAUUUGUGCGGCUGUCACUCGAAGAGAAAACACUCGUGGAUCACGACGUGCUAUAUUACCUGAGUUUAGACCCUUAG